AUCAUGUGGCGGGGGCGAGCAAACGGACACCGAUGGGCACCUUAGCCGCGGCGAUUCCCGUGACCGCCGGGCCGACGGCGGCGUCUGGACACGCCGGCGACCGAAGACGACGCCGCCGCGGCUCCGUCGCCGUGCGCUGCUCCUCCGCGGCCGACGAGCGGCAGGCCCUCUUCAGCCGCAUCGCCCCCGUCUACGACCAUCUCAACGACGUGCUUAGCCUGGGGCAGCACCGGACGUGGAAGCGCAUCUGCGUCUCUUGGUCAAUGUACAUCCCUGGUGCUAGUCGCGGUAAUGUGAAUUCAGAAGACAACUGGUUGAUGGGAACUUUUUGUUUUCUGAACAUCAGGGCGAAGAGAGGGGAUCGGGUUCUUGAUCUCUGCUGCGGGAGCGGCGAUUUGGCGUUCCUUCUGUCCCAGAAGGUCGGCCUAGACGGAGAGGUGGUGGGUGUCGAUUUCUCAGGGCAGCAGCUGCAAACCGCUGCUAGCCGGCAGGACCAACGCUGGAAGGCUUGCUACAAGAACAUCAAAUGGAUCGAGGGCGAUGCACUUGAUUUACCUUUCACGGACCAUUACUUUGAUGCUGUUACGGUUGGUUAUGGAUUGCGCAAUGUGGUUGACAAACCCAAAGCAAUGCAAGAGAUUCUUAGAGUCCUAAAACCAGGAUCACGAGCAUCUGUUCUAGAUUUUAACAAGAGUUCAUCAUUUUUCACGGCAUCGUUACAGAGUUGGGCGAUCGAUAAUGUGGUCGUUCCUCUGGCUAGUAGCUAUGGACUUACUGAAGAGUACAAGUACUUGAAAAGUUCGAUAUCACAGUAUCUUACAGGAGAGGAGUUGGAGAAGUUAGCCACAGAAGCAGGGUUUUCCUCAGCCAAGCACUACGAACUUGGUGGAGGGCUCAUGGGAAACCUAGUAGCAACUCGCUGACUAUAAUUGUAGCAAUGAACGGUGAUCUGUAUGAAUUAUCUGAAUUUUUAAAUAAUUAAUUUUCCUCUGCAUUACCGAAUAUGCAGUUUGGCUGA